CUGUUCUCCCGCGAUCCCCAAAAUGCACCGACAAAAAUAACUACAACAAACAGCUUCUUCACCCGUCACAAAAAUCCAUCACCAAAGAGAGAAAAAAUAAGAACCCAAUCCAAUUCAAUGAACCCAACGUCGAUUUGUACAUCCUCCUCCUCUUCAUCAUCAUCAAGCUCGACAAAAUCAUGGGUCGUUCAUGGUUUAGUGUUAGGAGCGGCGGCUGCCGCGGCGAUUGGUGCUCACACUUACUUUUACCUCCGCCGAUCUCGGAAGUUUCGUUCGCGGGUCAUCGGGAUUAUACCCGCCCGUUUCGCUUCCUCUCGGUUCCAGGGCAAACCCCUUGUCCACAUUCUUGGGAAACCCAUGAUCCAGAGGACAUAUGAACAAGCGAAGCUGGCUUCUAUGUUGGAUCAAGUUGUUGUAGCAACAGAUGAUAAUAAAAUUGCGGAAUGCUGCCGAGGAUUUGGUGCAGACGUAAUAAUGACCUCAGAAUCUUGUCGCAAUGGUGCUGAGCGUUGCAGUGAAGCACUUCAGAAACUUAAUAAGAAGUACGACAUAGUAGUCAAUAUUCAAGGAGAUGAGCCUUUGAUUGAACCUGAUAUUAUAGAUGGGAUUGUUAAAGCUCUGCAGUCUGCUCCAGAUGCUGUCUUCAGCACUGCUGUAACACCUUUAAAAGCUGGGGACGCUUUUGAUACAAACCGUGUGAAAUGUGUUGUUGAUAAUCUUGGCUAUGCUAUCUACUUCUCCAGAGGACUUAUCCCAUAUAACAAAUCUGGGAUGGUCAAUCCGGAUUUCCCAUAUUUGCUGCAUCUUGGAAUUCAGAGUUAUGACGCUGAAUUCCUCAAAAUAUAUCCAGAGCUACCAUCUACACCGUUGCAACUAGAAGAAGAUCUGGAACAACUUAAAGUUCUUGAAAACGGCUAUAAACUGAAGGUUAUAAAGGUUGAGCAUGAAGCUCAUGGAGUUGACGUUCCUGAAGAUGUAGAAAAGAUAGAACAGUAUAUGCGAGAGAGAAACUUAUCAUAGUUUGUACAAGGGAAAAUCAUUAUAGUAAGUACUAAGUACAGACAGACUGAUUUUGUGAGCUUGGUACCCUUUUUUUAUGUUGAUUGAUGAAAAAAAUGUACUUGGUGAACAGCUUUUUGAUUUUCUUCUUUCUGAAAUAGAAAGAUUUGUGAAUUGUGUCAACAACUUUGUAACAGUUUCUAGUCCACCCAUAAAUAGUUUCAUGUUAACUUCCUCUGUAAAACACUAAUUGAUCAUUUGAUUGUAUAUUUUAACUCAAUGUCAUCUGA